UGAGAGGAUUGGAUUUGGCUUCUAUCAUACGCUUUGUAUCAACUCUCUCUCUCUCUCUCUCUCAUUAUGUUGACCCUCUUUCUCAUUCUUCAUCCGGAUUCUAAACCCAAACCCUAGAUCAAAAUUCGUCUGCCUCUUUAGGUCUCUCAAUCGUCUGCGACAAUCUUCAAUCGAUCUUCAAAUCACAAUCCUCUACAAUUGACUUUAAUGUUUGAUUUCGUUGAUCUUCUUAUAGUUUGAUUCUGUGUUAAUCCUUUGCUGUAUUAUGAUUUCUUACAUCUGAGAUGGUAUGAUUCCGAUGGUAUGAAUCAUCUCCAAGAAGACGAACAAUAAACAAUUCAGAUCCAUUAUCCCUCUUCAACCCUACAAUGAACCUCCGUCAGGGCUUUUCGGUUGAAGGAGCACAAUUAACUCAAUGCAACUUUUGGUGUCCAUUGAUUAUAAGAGGACUUCAAGCACCCCUCCUGUUGCUACUACAGUCUUUUUUGGGGCUAAUGAUGCAGCACUUACAGGUAGAUAUAGUGAACGCCAACAUGUUCCCCUUGAAGAAUACAAAGAAAAUUUGCGAAAAAUCGUUCGCCAUUUGAAGGAAUGCUCCCCGACGAUGCUAAUUGUCCUUAUAACUCCCCCACCGAUUGACGAGGAAUGGCAACAACAAUAUGCAACGUAUAGUUCAUUAUGCUUGUCACACUAUAGAUGUGGCUAGGGGCAGCAAUUCCUGAUACGACCCGAAAUCCAACCCAAACCCGACAUGAAAAAACAGGUUUUGGGUCGGUUUGUACUACCUUUUUUCAAAACGGGCUGGGUUCGGGUUGAUCUGUUUUAAAACGAUUCGGGUUGGCUCACAAAAAAACGGGUUGACCUGUUAACCCGUUUAAGUAUUUAAAAAAAAACUUUUACAAUUCUUUUUUUUUUCGUUUAUCCAUUUUUUCUGAA